ACAAUCAUCUCUCAAUGGAUGCAUCAAUGAGUGAAUAGUAAACCUGCUCACCAGGGGGUAUCUGUAGCGGAGAGUCCUACACCUACAGUCUCUACAGUCUCUACAGUCCAGACAUCCAGACCUACAGACCUACAAGACACCAUCCUCCACAUUCAACCUCACCUCUCUUGACCUCUCCAGUCCAUCUCCACAUCCCCACCCCAAAAUGAAUGAAGCCGAAGACAAUACAGACCACAUCCCCGUCCUGGAGGGGAUCCCCCCCGAUCAACCCCACCAGGUCGAUUCCACCGACUCGCAAGGCACCCUCGAGACCGCCCAGGCGCAGAUCACCCCAGGCCCCACGGUCGAUCUCUAUGCCCGCCAGCGAUCCUCCCGUCCAGACAGCUGCUUCCACAGCGUCAUCGACCGCCAAUACUGCGUCGAUGACUUGGAACAGUGCAACGUGUGUGGGAGGGUCCCCUUCCUGAACUGGUUCUACCGGUGCAUCGUGGACACCUCUGCCUUCACUGAACCCUUCAACCCGGACCGUCCCAUCCUCAGUCCCUGGAUGGCCAAGGCGGCCCUGGACGGCCACUACACCGACGAGGAGCUCAACGUCCUGUUCCGACAGAAGCUGGAGGUCCUCGAGAUGGCGGAGAAAUUGCGACACCCCUGCUCGUCACCCCACCCCACGGAAGCAGAAGAAGCCCAGGAGCAGCCGGACGACGAUGACGACGACAGCCAAGUCUGGGUCGAGGACGUCAACCAGGACAGCUCGCGCUCAUCGCCGUCGACGCAGGCGAGGGUCCAUGCCAUCCCGCGCCCCCCGUGCACACACCACGCCUGUCACCACUGUCACCCGGCGCUGCACCAGCGCUGCUGGCUGAGCAUCGACGCCAUCUGUACCGACCCGGAGAUCAAACCCUUCACCGAGUGGGACUUUCACGAGAGACCCAUGUCCGACACCCGCAUCGUCCGCACCCUGGGCAUGCGAUCAUUUGUCACCCACUCGGCGCCCCCGUCGAUCUACAGUCUGUCGGAGGGCGACCAUUUCCCUGGGACGACUCGACCAAACCCGCAACACACGCCCAUUGUCCGUCUCCCUCGCGCUGUCCGUGCCGACGCAGAUGCAGAGAGCAGCGAGCGCACGGCCCCCGAGACACGGGAUCCGGAGUCCUCAAUCGACGCCACCUCUGCCUUUGUUCGCGGGGAUUUCGCAUCCAGUUCGAUUGUGGAGGCCGCAGAGUCACCCACGCUGUCUACCGCGGGACUAACCGGGGCCGAAACUGUCCUGGAGACGCCCGCGGUAGUCGAUGGGUUUUCGGCGGUGCGUGAGCUCCUGGCUGUCGCAGAGUGGGAACAUGGGGGGUGAUGCAGAUAGUGAUGCAGAUAGCCAUGCAUCGCAUCAUUCAUAGAGAAGUUGAGCGCGGUGAUUGAGUAGCCACGGAUUCUUUAAUGACCUAGUCCAGUGCUGUGGAUGACGAGUUGUACGAAUAACGAGCAUGUGGUUC